AGUCUGCUGGACUCAGAGUGUGAGACAAAGCAACCAUGCAGGUGCUAACCAAGCGCUACCCCAAGAACUGCCUGCUGACCGUCAUGGACCGGUACUCGGCCGAGGUUCGCAACAUGGAGCAGGUGGUGAUGAUCCCUAGCCUUCUGCGGGACGUGCAGCUGGGCAACCACGGGGGCCAGGGCCAGGGCCAGGCCGGGGCCCCCGAUCUCUACACCUACUUCACUAUGCUCAAGACCAUCCGCGUGGAUGUGGACCACGGGCUGCUGCUGCGGGAGGAGUGCCAGGCCAAGAUGGCAGGCAGCGAAGCUGACGAGGCCGAGAAUGAAGCUGCAGAGACAGAGGAGGCAGAGGAUGGGAGGGCCUCAGGGGAGCUGGACCUGGAAGCCCAGUUCCACCUGCACUUCUCCAGCCUUCAUCACAUCCUCACCCACCUCACCCUGAGAGCCCAGGAGGUGACGAGGAAAUACCAGGAAAUGACGGGACAGGUCCAGUAGGCCUCGGACUCUAGGGAAGAUCCCUUAACAUGCUAAAAGGCGGACUCUGUGAUGAGGCCACGAAGCAGUUCGCUAGCCCUGAUGAUGAGACCGGAAAGGCCUGGACCUGCAGCUGGAAGUGAAGGCAACUUGGUUCUCUGGGAUGCUUCUCUACCUGCCUCUGAGCACCAUUUCCUGGACUCUAGUCGCUGCACACCUUUAGGAUAUCUGUUGCUAUUCACAACUUCCCUUGUUCCUCUUACCAGCUUGGGGUGGUGACCAGUGGUUCCUGAGAGACUGGAUAGUUACCUGUCCAGUGUAGUACAGUAGAAAGAGCAUAGGUGUUAGGAUGUGACCAAAGUUCACAUGCUUCCUCUUGGCAGUCAUUUGCUAUGUGCUCUUGAGCAAGUUAUUUAACCCACUGGAGCCUAAAUUCCCUCAUCUACAAAACAGGGGUAAUAUUAUCUACCUCAUGAGCUUAUGAAAAUUAAACAUGAUGAACAAGUGCCCGUGGCAAGUGAGAGCUAUUAGAAUAGGCUGAAUUCCCGCCUCCCCUCCCCCCCGCACCUAUGUAUUUGCUCUAGCCCUUGCUUUUUACUCUCCAGAGCUAAGAGGUAGCAGAAUCCCUUGGGAUGAGUGGUUCACCGUCUUGUAUUUGUUGAUCACUGAUGAGGCCAAGCACAGAUGAACUGUAAUUCC